UUUGAGGUUAUCCCACUACUUGUUAUUUGACUUUUAUAUCAAUGUAUUGUACAUGUGCUUAAUAGUAUUUUUACCUUAAACAAUUAUCAUUUUUGAUCAAAAAGCCCCACAAGAAGGUAGUUCAUCACGUGCUUCAAUAGAAAGAGUGCAUAAAAUAUUGUUUGAUCAUAUUUCGAUAAUUGAAGGUAUUUUGUACUAAAAUGGUUUAUUUUACCUGUAAUAAUUGUGGAGACUCUCUACAAAAGCCGAAAGUUCAAAAACACUACCAAACCGCAUGUUCAAGAAAUCCUAUUAAUCUCACCUGUGUUGAUUGUCACAAGGAUUUUGGGGAAAAGGAAUAUGUAGCUCAUGUUAAAUGUGUAACAGAAAUGGAAAGAUACUCUGACAAAAGCUACGUUGCUAAAACCAAUAAAGGUGAAGCCAAACAAUCUUCUUGGAUCGAUGCUAUUCAGUCUGUCAUUAAUGAAUCGAACGCCAGGCCAGCCGUGAAGGAGGUUUUACAAAAACUAGCAACUUUUGAGAAUGUUCCUAGAAAAAAAGCUAAAUUUUUUAACUUUAUGAAGAACUGUGCUGUAAGUCGAACGAAAGAUGAUGUACUGGAGGAAGUUUGGUCUCUUUUGGAGAAACAGAAAGAUAAAAUAAAGAAAGAACCUGAAACAAAUAAUAAAAAUAGUAAUGAAGAAGUAUCAGAAAAAUUAAAUGGCUGCGAAGGAGAAAAAAAUAAUAAAAGAAAGUUAGAAAAUGAUGACUCUGACCAUGUUAGCAAAGUGCAUAAAAUAGAAGAGAAUGAUACACCUACUAAUGUAGAUAAUAAACUUGAGACUCCUGAAGAAAAUUUAGUAGGUGAUCAAAAUGGCGAUACUAAAUCAAAUGUGAAGUUUGAAUGGAAGAAGGAAAUUACUAAUUGCUUGAAUUCUAAUGACAACGAGAUCAGUAUGAAAUCAUUACGUAAAAAGCUUGUUGAAAGCUAUUUAUUGACGGUAGAUUUUGACAAAUAUUUUAUGAAAAAACUUAACAAAAUAAAGGGUGUGACAAUUGAAAAUAACAUUGUGAAACUAAAUAAAUAAUAA